GCAGUUGGCAAUGCUGACUCCCCUUUGUUACAGCCUUCACCAUGGAGCAGCUGAGCACCGCCAACACCCUCUUUGCCUUGGAGCUGUUCCGCUCCCUGAAUGAAAACUCCACGGGAAAUAUCUUCAUCUCUCCCUUUAGCAUUUCGUCUGCCUUGGCCAUGGUCUUUCUGGGGACCAGAGGCAACACUGCAGCCCAGCUCUCUAAGACCUUUCACUUCGAUGCCGUGGAGGAUGUCCAUUCAAGGUUUCAAAGCCUGAAUGCUGAGGUGGGCAAGCGUGGAGCCUCUCACAUUCUGAAACUUGCUAACAGACUGUAUGGAGAGAAGACCUACAACUUCCUUCCUGAGUUCUUGGAUUCAACUCAGAAAAUGUAUGGGGCUGACUUGGCCUCCGUGGAUUUUCAGCAUGCCUCUGACGAUGCAAGGAAAGCCAUAAACCAGUGGGUCAAAGGUCAAACCGAAGGGAAAAUUCCAGAACUGUUGGCUGAGGGUGUUGUUGACAGCAUGACCAAACUUGUGUUAGUGAAUGCCAUCUACUUCAAGGGACUGUGGAAGGAGAAAUUCAGGAAAGAGGACACAACCAAUGCUCCCUUCCGACUCAAUAAGAAAGACACCAAAACAGUAAAGAUGAUGUAUCAAAAGGAAAAAUUUCCAUUCGGCUACAUUGAGGAUCUGAAGUGCAAGGUGCUGGAGAUGCCUUACCAGGGUGAAGAACUUAGCAUGGUCAUCCUGCUGCCGCAAGACAUCGAGGAUGAGUCCACGGGUCUUAAGAAGAUCGAGGAGCAAUUAACUUUGGAAAAACUUCGGGAAUGGACCAAGCACGAGAACUUGGAAAACAUUGAUGUCCAUGUCAAAUUGCCCAGAUUCAAGCUGGAGGAGAGCUACAUCCUCAACUCCAACCUUGGCAGCCUGGGAGUGCAGGAUCUCUUUAGCAGUAGCAAGGCUGAUCUGUCUGGCAUGUCAGGAUCCAGAGAUCUUUUCAUAUCAAAAAUUAUCCACAAGUCCUUUGUGGAAGUGAAUGAGGAGGGAACAGAGGCCGCCGCCGCCACAGGAGGCAUUGCUACAUUCGCCAUGUUGAUGCCUGAGGAAGAAUUCACGGUGGACCAUCCAUUCCUUUUCUUCAUUCGGCACAAUCCCACAGCUAACGUGCUCUUCCUUGGCAGAGUUUGUUCCCCAUAGAAGAGACUUUUAAGGUACAAGGCAGAGCUUAGAGUUUAUUCCCUGAGAUUUUAAUGAUGAUAAUUUUCAUUUGUCCUUGCCAAUAAAACUUCUGCUCAGAAACCAA